AUGACGAAGCGCCGACAGAAAAUGGCUAAGAAAAUGCAAACGACGGAGAAUGAGGGUUACGAAGAGCCGGAGCCGAACUAUGUUGCUGCGCAUUGGCGAUUUAAGGAUGGCGUGGUAAAGUCUUUGGUAGAGGACGUGUUUAAAGCGGGCAUGUAUAGUGAAGUGUAUCGGCAUGCUAGUGAAAGUUUGGGGGCUGAUGAAGUGCCACAUGAUAGCGAUAGAUUUGUGGACGUCUUGAAGCAGGCUUUUAGGAAGCACGUCACUACUGAGGCCCGACCGAUACUAACGAACGAGUUGUCGGACUACGAGACGCCGUAUAUGAUGCAGCGACAGACACGAGAGCGGCUCCUGAGAGAUGAGUGUGCCAGGAAUCAACUCGAUGAGAGCAUGAUCGACUACACUCUGGACACCAGUGAUGAUUUGGUGAGGCUGCGGGGUAAGGCUCCGAUGCCCCCAGAUCUCUUGGAGCCUUUGAUGUCGUUUAGAGGUAUCACAGAGUGGGCCCAUGACCCUAGGGAUAGGCUAAAGCAGAAACUGGAUGGAGUUAACAAUGUGAUGAAGAAUGCGGUGGCUUCUGUUAGGAAAACGAACGGCGACUACCCCGAGUUUAAGGCGGGUCGGCCGGAAUGGAGAUAUUUUCAUCCAUUUAAUAACCAUUUUGGCUUCACUCCUGCCUCACAGCCGAGGGGAGUUUUGGGUGGCACUAAAUUUGGCCGAAAAAUUGACCCUGAGGAACGUAUGAUGAGGUAUCCCACUCUGCAACGAGUUGCCCAUAGCCUCUCCAAAGACCCGGUGUAUCGGCGUCUAACACGUCAUCAGAUUAACGUCUUAGAGCGAGCAUAUGGGUGGAAGUACUCCUGCCAGACCCAGGCAAUCAACACUCUCAAGGAGGUUUUGGACGACCUACCCCCUCACGCCCAUUACAAGGCUAGACUCGACUGGGCUCUGCCGAUACAGAGGUACCUUAUGAGUUGA